AUGUCGUCGUCAAUGGCGGAAGCUUCAGCCUCAGCACUGGAGCGUUUUCUGAUGACAAAAUUUCGUACAACGACACCACCACUGCCACCAUCGAGUUGCGGUGCGAUUAAUGGGAAUUUCUAUUCGACGGGGGAUCAAAACGGCUAUGACAGUCGCAGCAAUACGCUCACGAUGCAUACUUUUCGACCAAACGAUGACACUUACAACAGUGCCUAUGGAAGUCAUGGUAACACUUUUUCAUCCUCAAUGAAUGCAGCAACGCCUCCUCAAAAGCCUUUCAUUACACCAGCAAUGUAUUGCCCACAAUCUGAACCUACCAAACUAGUGAAGCCAUCAGCAUACUACGAAUCAACUGCUGCGUAUCGUGCGAAUAUGAUUGGAACCGUGCAAAAUUUUCCUCAUCCAUUGUCAUCUCUAAAUGGUAAUGCAGUUCCAAAUGGACAACAUCGUGCAUUAAUCGUUGUUGAUUCAUAUUUGCUGGUGCAAUUCGUCGUCUUUCUUAUGAUCAAUUCAAUUGUAAUCACCUCAUUGCAACUUCAGCCACAUACGUCGCUGUCUGUUUUUUGCUCAUGUUCUCAGCACUAA